AUGUCACCCGGAGCGUCGACAGUCUUAGAAUACUCUUCUCAUGCCCCCGAACGGAUACCCUCACUUCACCGGCUCUACUCGCGUCUUCCAGCUCACAGUCUUUUGCCCGAUGGAACACCGGACUAUCUUCGACUCAUCUUGACCGCGAAGGUCUAUGAGAUACUGAAGGAGACCCCUCUGGUUUUUGCUCCUCAGUUGAGCGCUAAGCUUGGCUGUCAAGUAUGGCUCAAGCGCGAGGAUUUGCAAGAGGUGUUCAGCUUCAAGAUACGGGGUGCCUAUAACCUCAUGGCCAACUUGACCGAUGAAGAACGCUGGAAAGGCGUCGUAACGUGUAGCGCGGGAAACCACGCGCAAGGUGUAGCACUGUCCGGACAACGUUUGAACAUCCCUUGUACGAUUGUCAUGCCGGAGGGCACGCCAUCCAUCAAGAGUCGUAACGUGGCUCGAAUGGGGGCCAAAGUCGUCCUACACGGCGCUGACUUCGACGCCGCAAAAGCCGAGUGUGCGCGGCUAUCAACGACUUAUGGGUUGGCUUUUGUACCGCCAUACGACGACCCUUUGGUCAUUGCAGGCCAAGGCACGGUGGGACUAGAAAUCUUAAAGCAGGUACCCGAUGCACAUAACUUGGAUGGCAUAUUCGCUGCUGUCGGGGGAGGGGGUCUGGUUGCCGGGAUAGCCGAAUACGUGAAACGCAUCGGGUCGCCGCAGACAAAGGUCGUAGGCGCGGAGACAGUCGACGGUGACGCUAUGGCUCGCAGCCUCGAAAAGGGCGAAAGAGUCACGCUCUCUGAAGUUGGCCCAUUUAGCGACGGCACAGCAGUUAGAAUAGUAGGCGAGGAGCCCUUCAGGAUAUGCAAACAACUCGUGGACGAGAUCGUCAAGGUGGACAACGAUGAGUUAUGUGCCGCUAUCAAGGAUAUCUUUGAAGAAACCCGCUCGAUUACUGAGCCAGCUGGAGCUCUCGCGCUGGCGGGUCUCAAGCGUUACAUCGCACAAAAUAAGCUUGUGGGGUCCCAGAAGCGGUUUGUCGCAGUUGUCAGCGGCGCGAACAUGAAUUUCGAUCGCCUCCGCUUCGUGUCAGAACGGGCGGAGUUAGGAGAAGGCCGAGAAGCGUUGCUCAGCGUUGAGAUACCUGAGAGACCAGGAAGUUUCUUUGCGCUCCAUACUGUCAUACAUCCAAGGGCAGUGACCGAGUUCGUCUACCGGUAUUCCUCUGGAGACGUAGCACAUAUUUUCGUCUCCUUCCGCAUCGAUCCUCAAGCGCUGUCGCGAGCGGAUGAUGUAGCGAACAUCCUUGCAACGCUCGAGAAAGAUGGGAUGAAAGGCCAUGACAUUAGCGACGACGAGUUCGCUAAGAGCCAUGGACGGUACAUGGUCGGCGGGAGAGCGGCCGUGCCUCAUGAACGUCUGUUCAGAUUCGAAUUCCCAGAACGCCCAGGAGCGCUGCGGACAUUCCUAACUGGUCUACAACAGCAACAAUGGAAUGUUUCCCUCUUCCACUAUCGCAAUCACGGUGCAGACUUGGGAAAGGUACUGGCUGGCGUUCAGGUGCGUCCGGAGGAAUCUGUCCAGUUUGACCACUUUUUGGAACGACUGGGGUAUCCUUACGUGGAAGAGACCCAAAACGAGGUGUACAAGCGAUAUCUCCUUGGAUGAAGAGCCGUUGCAUUGGCGUGUCUGACGUUGGUACCUUGAGCGCUACUCCUGACAUAUAGCAUUCCUAGUAGAGGAGCAAGUUCGUGUGGAUUGCAGCGAGAUACCACUACGCAAUCGCAUUUCGAUCAUCGAGGGCUGUAGCACACCGGUAUAGCCCGAUGAUACGGCCUGAGUCCGCGAAGGCGGAUAGCGGUGAAGCUAGCGAUGCAUUAGUUCGGGGGAAGCUGUACCCUGCGACGCUGGCGUGCUCACUACUGAACAGCGCUCUAAUGCUGCGCUUCAUGCUUGUCCUUCGACUUCAUAUUGUCGUAGAUGACAUAGGCGGUGAAUGCCGCUAAUCCCCAGCCAAAGCCGGGGAAGAGGCUAGAGAACAUGGUACGCUGCGAGAAUACCGGGUGUUUCCGCCACGCUUCCCGCUUUGCCCAAGGAUCACGAAACAAGGGCAGAGACAUGGCGUCAAACGAAGUCGGAGG